AUGAACGAGGCCAGUCGAGUCUGUACUGGCUACUACAGCCUGAACCACAGCUUCGUGGAGGCUUUCCAGUGUCCCCGGAGCGGCGACGGGGCCGCGCUGCUUUUCUGCUGUGGCUUCGCAGACCUCAAGUACUGCUGCAGCGAGCCGGGCAGCUACUUCCCCUACAAGCACAGCUACAUGUGGAGCCUGAGCAUUGGUGCCCUGAUUGGACUGGGAAUUGCUGCCCUUGUUUUACUUGCUUUUGUCAUCAGUGUCUGCGUCCUUUGCUAUUUAUUUCUGUAUACAAAGCCUCAAAGAUUAGACACUGGCCUUAAACUUCAACACAUAGAAGCUUCUUCCGUUAAAGAAGGCAAGUCAAAUAGAAAAACCAAAACUCUCAAUUCAAAUGCAUCAUCAAAUUCAACUAAUGAAGCAUCCUAUGAAGCUGAUGAAAUAAUUGAAGAAAAAACAAUGGACACAACUCAAAUCAACAUUGCUUACUAA